CCUGAAGACAAGCAAGAGCCUUAAAAUACAUUACUAGAGGCCUGCGCCGAGGCGCUACCACACAGCGCAGGACGGAGGAACGGGCUUUAUUCGCCAGCGGAAUACAUGAUUGUGUGAUUAUAUGAAAAGUUAACUUGGCUCCCGUGCGGGGCGCGUGGGGGGACAUCGUAGAGCACGGGCUCCUCAGCGAUGGGCUCGUUGUAGAGCGCCUGCCAGAUGCGUUUCGAACGGUGCCGAGCGGUUUAAACAUGUCACUGUUGUAACAUGUUGUUGUUAGUGUGACAUGUCCCGCUUCAGCGCUACGAUACAUUGAAGGAAGGAGGAACACUAGCCACUAUUAAAACAGCGGCCAGGCCAGUGAUGGAAGAGAAAGAAACGGGGGAAAGCGAGCCUGUGGACCUCCGGUGUGCCGAGCAGGCUGAGCUGCUCUCAUUAAUAAUAAGCGGAGAGGAGGAAGCGACGCAAGAGGAGAGUGACUUGGGAGAAGAGGACGGUCUUGCCAAUGGCCACGGUGAGGAGGAAUCAGAGGCUGGCAUGGUCACACCUGUCAGGUCUCCAGGCACCAGCUACUGGAGCAUCACAGAGGGACCAGACCAGCCGCUUCUCCUCUCCCCAGCCCCUGGGCCCACCGGACGCAAACCCAGGGUCCAGAGGGCUUCACGUCCAGGCCUGAGUCGGAUCCCAGGGCGCGACCACCGCCGCUACUACCACGAGUACUGGCGCAGCGAGUACCUGAUGGACUUUGACCCCCAGCGGCACGGGAUGAUCUGCAUGGUGUGCGGCAGUUCGCUGGCCACCCUGAAGCUCAGCACCAUCAAGAGGCACAUCCGACAGAAGCACCCUGACUCUCUGCUGUGGAGCACCGCCGACAAGGAAGUCAUCCGCUCGGGGUGGGAGAGUCAUCUGAGCCUGGGGGGAGGUCAGAGGUCAUACAGCUCUACUGCUGGACCUUCACCUCAGGAUGAAGAGGAGCAGCUGGACUCAGACCAACAUGCUGCCGCAGAACCCCUGGAGCCUGUGACCCCCCAGGAGCAGCCUCAACAACCCCCUAGUGUGUCUCCCCGCUCUGAAGAAGGGGAAGCCCCCCAGCCCCAAAAGGAGGAGCAGGACCUCGCCGGGCCGUCAGCCCAGACCCUGGAACGCUACCUGAACGACUCGCUGCACGCCUGGUUCCGCCAGGAGUUCCUGAUGGAGUACGAGGCGGAGGCCGGCCGGCUGCUGUGCAUGGUGUGUGGAGGAGAACUGCCCUCGCUGCACCUGGACCACAUCAAGAGCCACGUGCUGGACACCCACCCUAACUCCUUGGUGUUCAGCUCCGAGGAGAAGCACUGCAUCCUGCAGGCCUGGGCUCAGACUCACGAAGAGUCAGAAAACUCAAUCAAAUCAGAGCCCAACACCAAAGAAGGCGGGGUGGACCUCUUUGCUCAGGAAAUGGAGGCCAUCCAGCUCAACACUGACUUGUACCCAGAAGGUGAUGGCACUUUAACUCAGGACACUUGUCUUAUCGGUGAGGACGGAGGUGUUGGAGCUCCGCAGCAGGGACCCCAGCCCCCCCGCCAGCCCAGGAAAAGGCGACUGCGCGUGGGCGACCCGUGGCGGCUCCGCCUCGACUACCUUGUGGCCUACGGGCCUCUGGGCCGGGGCACGUUCUGCAUGGUGUGUUCUCAGGUGCUGCACGAAAUCAAGGUCAGCAGCUUCCGCCGCCACAUCCAGGAAUGUCACCCCGAGACGACAACCCUGAGCCGGCAUGAAAGGGAAGCCAUGGCCGCUGCCUGGACCAAAGAUUAUUCGAGUGAAGGCACGCAAAUUCAAGAUGAACUCAACCCAAGCGAAGCUGAUGUCCUAAAUACCGCAGGAGAGACGGAUGAGGACACCUCCCCGGAUGUCAGAACACACAGCAAAAUGGUGAAGAUGGAGGACGGCGUGAGCGGAGGGAAGGGUAAAGCGAGGGACGACGGCGCUGCGGCCACGCCCUCUCGUCACAGCCAUUACCCAGGCAAGGAUCAGAGGAGGAACUACCAGGUGCGCUGGCGGAUGGAGUACCUGAUGGACUACGACUGUCGCAGACACGGGCUCAUCUGCAUGGUGUGUGGAGCAACUCUGGCCACGCUGAAGGUCAGCACCAUCAAGAGGCACGUCCAGCAGGUACACCCCCACUCUCUGUACUACAGCGCGGACGAGAAGCAGCAGGCCCUCCUGACCUACAACCAGACCGCCCUGCACUUCAUCCACUCGGACGACUGCUUCUCCUCCCAGGACCACGGACCCACCGAGCUGGCUCCCACUCCAGCACACUUUGGCACUUAGAAAGGGCUUCCGUCCGUUGCUCCUCGCGUGGCCCCUGGUCAGAAAAAGCCUUCCACCUUCUUUCUUUAAAGGGAAAAUCGAGUAUUCGUCAAACAGGGUCUUGUUCUAUUCCCGCCCCUUGUGCCCUCUGACUUUGUUCCGCAUCUCUACAUCGCAGGUGCCGAGUAAAGUGUUAUCAUGACUUCUGUCAUAAUGGACAAAAAAAUAAGAGAAUAAGGCCCAGGGUUGACAAAUACUGGAAUUUCUGAAUCUGAGAGUGGACGUUAGGAACUGCCACAAAAGAAAUGUCACAAUCUAGAAAUGUCAUUGCAUAAAAAAUCAAAGUCCAGUCCAGCUCAUGUUAACUGAGGACCUUGUGUGAUUUAGCAAAUGGAUAAUAAUUAUAAUAAUGCAAUAUUUAUGACUUUUGUGCUCGUAGCUAGAUGAACCCUCUAAAUGUGUGCCCAAAAAUGCUGUUAAUACAGUUUAAUAAUUGUCCAAGCAGAGGAAGAAAACAGCACGGGCAGACAAUGACACACUGAUUGCCUAUUUAUAAAGGGAUAAAUCCAUCAGACAGCCUCUGUGUUUGCUGAAAUAAGGUCAGGGAUUUGCACAUGCAACUUUUACUUGACAGAUUACAGACGGCAGAUUUGGCAUUUGAUCAAGAAAACAAUUCAGACCUCUGCAACUAGAGGUCACGAGGUCCUCAGGUGAGGGCCAGAUCACACCGGGGCUGCGGUCGAUUAGUGGAGAAAAGAAAUGACAUCCUCUUUUCCUUUUGUGGAAAUUCAUAAGGAUUUAGGAAAAGACAACCGUGGCGCUGAGAGAAUCCAACUGCACUUAUGUGACAGUAAAAGUGUUGGAGCUAUUGUGGCUGGCUAGCGUUAGCAUGUUCAUGGCCAGCUAGCGUGUUAGACAUUAACUCACCCUGUACAGUAGCUCGCCCACUAGCCCUGCAAGUAGUCACCACUUCACCAAUCAAUCAAUCCAUAAGUAAAUAUGCAUGGUGCUUUUGUGCAGAGUUAACUGUGGUGACAUUUAACAUUCAAAUUUGUGCCAUGAACCAAUAGCAAAAUGAAUUUUGUUUUCAUGCUUCCUGGUCUGACCAGCUAAUAACGCUGGCUUUAGAUGUUAAUACUUCCCCGCAUGAGUUACUGGACAUUUAUUUUUUUGAACUCCAAAUUGGCAUAUUUGUAAUCAUGGUAUGUUGCCGUCUCCCUAUCAUCUGUCAGGGCUUGUUUCUGGUCAGGGCCUUACGCUCUCAGGAAGUUAGAAACAGAGUCUUCGGUGAGGCCGAGGCAAAUUAGUUUUACGAUGAUGUGUCUGAAGACGACACAGCACUUUGUCCCCAAAAAUGUACUAAACCCCAGCUUUCCUUCUGUACAGCCAAUUGAAUGAGACUGUGUUUGAUGUUAUUGCUGAAGACAAUGAAUGCCAGCGUGCAGUCAGUGAGUUCAGAUUUCUCUAUUUAAUUCCUUGUUUACAGUGGAGGAGAAGGACGCCGCUCCUCUCUCUCAUCCAUUAUAAUGAGAUAUGUUAUCUCUCUCGUCAGUCUGCUUUGUGCUCCACCGGCCUGCAUCCUUUCCAUCAUCUACAACUCAUCUUAGCUAAAACUGCACAAAAAAAAAAGAAUAUGUAAAUAUAUGAAAAAAAAAUAGAAUUAUUUUUCCUUUAUACAAGCACUUUUAUGCACCCUGGUUUCUACAAAGCGUGUUUGUAAUUAUGUCCAGUUUUUCUACUUCUUUCAAGGGUUUCAACGAUGAUAUUUGUUCUUUAACAGCUGGAGAGUUUGGACUUUUUGCUUUGAAAUUUCUCCUCCAGCAUUUGGUACUGCUUCAUUUUCUUUUCUUCCAUUCACAUCACUCAAGAAGUUGAGGAAUAACUUGCAGCUGUCACAGACAGAAAGGUUUGCCAUGAAAUGUCAUAUCUUCACCUGGAAAAUGCAACUCAGGGAUUCUGUUUUCAUCGACAACCAUUUCAUCAGUUACCUUUUUAGGAGGCUGUUGACAUCUGAAGAUACUGGAUACAUGCGUCAGCUUUGGUUGUACAGCGGAUGCUAUGAAUACAACAGAGUGUAAGGGCUACUGUUGAAGCAAACCAAAACAAAUGAAAUUUCUUUAUAUAAAAAAAAAAGAAAGAAAUUUAGGAUUCUGAAGAAAGAAAACCAGAUCUAAUAUGAGAAAAAGGUUGUAUU